UAUAACAUUUUUUAAAAUAUCUAAAUCUAGCUCUCAUUUUUCAUGAUUAUUCUUAUCGUGCAAUGAUUGCAUUAUUAUCUACAAUUUUUGUCAUUCGUAGCGUCGAACUCAAAGACUCCGUUUUCAACGGUAUAACUUAUGCCAUUGUUAACGCAACAUUGUCAAUGCAGCUGAUGACAUUCGCCAGCUUAUCAUCCCUCCUGUACGAGAGAUUUCUCCGUCUUUGUAAAAUAUUGCUACUGCCUGAAGGUAGAUUAAUUGUAAACAAUGGUAUGUCUUUCGCGUUUAUUGAUGCAUUAAUAAUUUAUGGCAAAAUCAUGGUGUUGGACAGCUCCAACAAGCAAUUUCGCUUGCAGGAAGUAUGGUGGUUACACUCGUGUCUCACCAAUGCAACCGAAAUGAUAAAUUCCGUAUACGCGCUGCAACUUUUGCUGUGGAUCUCUAGUAUGUCUUUCAACACACUUACGCGCAUUUAUACCAUCAAUGAUGACUCUGUGAUGUCACAACCCCUCCUGAUGAUGAGGGAAAUAUUACUGGUGUCCGCUUGUGUAAUGAAUUUACUAAUCAUUACUAUUAUCUGUCACGCGACUGCGACUCAAGCUAAUCGCGUUGGCAAGAUCGCUUUUACACCGUCGUCAGCCGUUCUUGGAAAAAGAAAUUUUACGCAGGAUUGCAGUAUAGAAGCAGUAACAUAUUUCCAGCUGCAACAAGUGCACUUUUUUGCCUUUCAUGGAAUCAUCCGUAUCGAUCUUCCAUUGCUUCUUUCGAUAGCCUCUGGUAUAACUACAUAUUUGGUCAUCCUUCAUACCGCUAAUGUUUAGAUGUUGUGAUAAUCUCAGAGACAACAGACUGCAUCCGCGCGAUCGAUUCGAACGAUCGAUUCGCCAUCGCACUAAUUCCAUCUUCAUCUUCUUUCAUAGCUUCAUAGAUCAAAUGUAGAUAAUGAAUUAAAAGAAAAAGUCGCAGAGGUCUGUCUAUAAGGUAUACAAACAAUUAAAAAAUAUCAUGUUUCUAUA